UAGUUAGCCUCAUACUCACCGAGCUUUAGUUGGUCUAGUUCUUUAUCCAAAAGCAGCCUUGUUUUUUGCAACAAAGGCAGUUUAUCAGACAGAAUCAUUUUUCACCGGUUUCAUGCAAUAUGGACAACUUUGAAACAUCAACCAUGUUUGACUACGAUGACUACAAUUCCUCAAUGACUUAUGUGCCGCCAUGUAAAAUGACAGGAAUAACUAAUUUUAGUACACAUUUAUUGCCACCAUUCUACAUCGUCAUAUUCAUUGUCAGUGUGCUGGGCAACGGAUUGGUUCUAUAUAUCCUAUUCAAGUUUGAAAAGCUCAACACAGUCACUAAUAUAUUCCUUAUUAACCUGGUGGCUUCUGAUCUGGUUUUUACCUUUGGCCUCCCAUUUCAAGCCGUGUACCAUAACUCGGAGUGGUCGUUUGGUCAGGUCGGAUGCAAGCUGAUGAACGGCACCUACCACCUUGGCUUCUACAGUUCUGUCUUCUUUCUCACUCUCAUGACUUUUGACCGUUACCUGGCAGUGGUCCAUGCCGUCACUGCUGCAAAGUGGAGGCAGAGCUGGUAUGCAUACAUCUCAGCCACUGUUGUGUGGAUUGUUUGUGGCCUCACUAGUCUGGAAACCUUCAUCAAUCAUGUGAUAACACAAGACAUUGUUCAGGGAUUAACGUGUACUGAGAUAGCUGACCCUCAAUAUAGGAUAAUGGGCACUUAUUCCCAAGUUGCACUGUUUUUCAUCUUCCCCUUAGUUGUUUUCUUAUACUGCUACAUAAGGAUCGGUUUGAGAGUUCUCUCAACUCGAAUGAGGAGCAAACAAAGACCCCUGAAGCUAAUCUUUACCAUUGUGGUUCUAUUUUUCAUGUGCUGGACCCCAUACAAUGUCAUAUUACUGAUGAAAGAAAAUGAUAACAGUGACCCUUGUGAUUACAGUCUUGUCUAUCUGCAGUAUGUCACUCACUGCAUUGCUAAUUUAUACUUCUGUAUCAACCCUGUAUUUUAUACUCUGUUGGGAAGAAAAUUCCAAAAUUAUGUGCGCCGCUUGUUAGUUGAUCAGGUACCGUGUUUAAAGUAUCAUCUGCAUGUCAAUGAGGGCAGCAGAUCAUUCUCUAGAUGAAUGCUAAAAGUUUCUGGGAGAGUAAAGGUGAGAAAUAUAACAUGUUAAAGUGUCAAAAAUAUCCUGAAAAAAUUAGUUAAUUAUGACAGAUUAUUUCAAAACAUGUAGUGUAUGAUAAAGCAACAAAAUGUUUGCUUUUUACUGUACAAUAU